AUGGUUAGUGGGUUCGGGUCACACCCGCAACUUGUUGCGUGGAAACAUGUAGUAGUGACCGGUCAUAGGGGUGGAGCCACCUUGUUUUUUCCGACUUUGGUAACGCUGUUUGAAGUCAGAGAAGAAACAUUGAUGCUGUUGCGCAACCCUUCUUGGACAGCAUUGUUGCUAUCAGCCACCACAAGGAGGAUCUUCAACCACCGCUUUUCUACACCUUCGUUCAUGGCGUCUCAAGCAUUGGACUGCAAUUUGCUGGUUUUAUGUGGAAAAUCAUUGGCAGAGAAUGAAACUGCCAAAGCUAUAAAAACCAAUAACACUCUCAAGCUCCCUGGGAAUGGAGUAUACUCCCUCAUUUUGCAUGCGGAGCUUGAUAAGGCUGUUAUGCAAGGGUCUUUUCAAAUUCACUCCUUUAUGGAUUCUCUUUCCACCAAUCAAUUUGGCAGGCUUCUCAUCUGGUCCCCUCAGUUACCUUCAACACAUGAUAUCGUUUCACAAAAUUUUUGUGAGCUUCCCAUUGGUUCAGUUUGUGUUGCUGAUGUUCAGACCAAGGGACGAGGUCGGUCGAAGAAUGUCUGGGAGUCUCCAUUGGGUUGCCUCAUGUUUUCUUUUACUUUGCAAAUGGAGGAUGGCCGAGUUGUUCCUUUGGUUCAGUAUGUGGUUUCCCUAGCUAUUACAGAGGCAGUCAAGGAUAUCUGUUACAAAAAUGGGUUACCCAGCAUAGAUGUUAAAAUCAAGUGGCCAAACGAUCUUUACUUAAAUGGCUCUAAAGUUGGGGGCAUUCUCUGCACCUCAUCAUAUAAAUCAAAGAAGUUCAACGUUAGUGCAGGAAUAGGCUUGAAUGUCAAUAAUGAGAAGCCAACAACAUCCUUAAAUACAGUUUUGAACGAGUUGUCUACAGGAGCUUACCAAUUUCAAAGAGAAGAUAUUCUAGCUGCCUUUUUUAAAAAAUUUGAGGAACUUUAUGGUUUAUUUGUGAAUCAAGGAUUUCAGACUCUAGAGGAGCUAUAUAUUAAAACAUGGUUGCACAGGGGUCAAUCUGAAUCUCCAACAUUUUGUCACAAUGCUGACUAUGAAGCAGAAAUACUCUUCUUGUUGGAGACGUUAGACGCGUUUACUGGAUCAGCAAUUCCUCAACACUUACAUGACAUGGGCUGGCUUCUGGAAAAUGAAGAUUCUAACCGUGUAAAAGACUAUGUGUUUACAGUAAAUCUUGGGUAUGUGGACAAAAGAAAAUCUAUACGUGAAUAUGGUGUUGUGCUUUCCAGUGCGCGAGGAGUGCCACGUGUCAGAGAUGAUGAAUGCAGUGCAGCGUAUGGUUUGACUGGGCCUUUGGUCAAUGUCUUGCAAAGAGAAAAGGAAAUGUCCCUGAUCCUCUGCGCCUGGACUAGUCUUCGCCCUAAACGAAAGCAACCUCUCGACACGUUUUUACACCCACCCUACCACAAAAAUAUCUCCCAGAUGAACCUAGCAAGGUGCCACAACUACACUGUAUCUCUGACUAUCUUCAUGCGCUGUGGCGGCGUAGAAACACAGCACCUUAUCUCCUACUGCCACCUCAUCUCACCGGAAAAAUACCUUCUCUCGUUCAUCACUGAUCCCCUCCUUAACUUCCCCAUAGAGUAA